CCCCGCUCCAUUAAACAAAACUAAAUGGAGGAAUUGUUUCUGGUUCUCUACCUUAAGUUACUCAAUCACUUAUUGUUUUUAUUUUGUGUAUUUCUUUCUUUUUCCACUUACACCCCAGUCCCACUGUUUCCUUGUUUUUGCAGUUCACUUUCGCCUUGGUCAUAGUAACCAUUGUGUUUAUUCUUAAUUUACCUUCGCUUUUAUUUUUAUGUAAACUUUUAUAUUUAAGGUCCUGAAUCGCCGUUGAGCGAAGAUUACUCGAUACCCAACAAAAGCACCUACGGCAAAUGGAAACGACGCAAAGGUCCAGCGCCCUCGCGCCCGAUUCCACAAAGGAGACACAUCAAUCCUUUACCGAUUGGCGAGAUUAAAAGAGAACUAGAAUUCAUAGAAAUACAACAGCAGGGCUUGGAAAAACAGGGAGUUAAACUGGAGCAAAUUAUUCGGGAGAAAUGCGAAGGGCCCAACGAGCAAUCCAACACGACCCUCUCCCCUGAAGUUGACGAUUUAAUUUUGCAGCUUUUCGACUUGGUGAACGAGAAAAAUGAUUUGUUCCGUAAGCAAGCGGAACUGAUGUAUUUACGCCGACAGCAAAGAUUAGAGGAGGAGUAUGCAGAUUUAGAGUAUCAAAUUCGUUGCUUAAUGUUACAACCGGAAAUUAACAAGACAGACAGUGACAAGGCUAGAGAAGAGGAACUAAUUACUCGUCUUGUCGAGGUCGUGGAGAGGCGGAAUGAAAUAGUUGAAUGCUUAGAAAUGGAUCGAAUUCGGGAGGCGGAAGAGGAUGAUAGCAUAAAUAACCAACUGACUUUAUACACUCUGAAGCGAGAGGAUCUUACUGCGAAGAUGAAGGAUGACCUAAAGCAAAAGAAGAAAAAGAAAGAUAAAAAAUUUAAACUAAGAGGUUCAAAAAAGACUGAUGCGGAUAAAGACGUCGACGAAUCUGAAUGUUCUACUGUCACUAUCAUGAAAGAAAAAAAGAAAAAGAAGUUUAGUAUUUUUUGAAAAUUCAGUUUAAGUAGAAUGCUCAAUUUUUAUUUAUCGACUUUUAUAGCAUUUCUGUUCUUUUUUACUUGUAGGAAAUUUGGUUACUUUUUUGUUACAAAUAAUGCAAUUUAGUUUUUGUGUGCAAAUUGUAUUUUUCUAAAUGUACACAACUCCUGUGAUUAUGUAGAGCAUAUAUCUGAAUACAAUUAUCUGUAAUAUAGUCA